CAAGUUAAAGGGCGCAUCUUCCCUGGACAGGCCUUACCAACUAACUGAUCUCGUUUAAUCAAGAUCAUCCCUGCCAUUUCCGACCCUUGCCCUGCCUAUCUCCGUGGCCCGCUCCUUUUGUUACCAUUUUGAGCAACGUCGACGACAACGACAGGGAGAAAAUUUUCGCUAUUACUGAGUAGUGUGAAAAUUUGGGACGAAACAUCCACACCGCAAUACCUAAGGCACCUAUAUUUUGAUUCUAACAACGCCCCAACCAUCAAUAGGUUGAAUUGAUUAAAUCAAUUAGUUGAUUAAAAUCAAUCGGGAAAUAAGGGAUUACAUAUUGUAUUGGGCCGGCUAGUUUUGACUAUUAUAAUUUUUUUGGUUGAUUCAUUCAUUUACCUAUUAUAAUUCAUAAUGGCAAUUCUACCGGCAAAGAAUUCAGGUAAUGCCAAACAGCAUGCAUCAGGUGCCAGAUUCCGGCAAAGGAAAAUAUCCGUUAAACAACCUUUAAGCAUAUAUAAACAAAAGGAUAUACCUGCCAAUGAUAUAAAUAAUGAAUUAGAACCAAGUCAAGUUAAUCAUUUAAGUGCAUCAGGAGCUCAACAACAACGAGAUCUACAUUCUAUUGAAACUGGGGUUGAUAAAAAUGAAGAAGAUGAAGUCCAUUUACAACAAGUUAUUAAUGCUGCUCAACGAGCAUUAAUGGGAUCAAAACUGGAAGAAAAUUCAAAAUCUUCAAGUUCCAAUAAAAAGGAUUCAUCAUCAACUAAUGAAACUAAUGAUUCACUUCCUUCUGUAUAUAUUCCCACUCCUGAUGCAUCUAAAAUAUGGCCUGAAGCUCAUAAAUAUUAUAAUGAUAAUUUCUUUCAAGAACCUGAAUCUUAUAUAAAAUUCAGUGCUACAGUUGAAGAUACUAUAGGCGUUGAAUAUAAUAUGGAUGAAAUAGAUGAAAAAUUCAUAAAUGAAAUACUAGAUAAAGAAUAUCCUAAACCACCUGCUAUCAAUAAAAAAUCUAAAAAUACAGAAGAGAAUCUUCGAAAAUGUUCAGAAUUAGAAUUUGAAAUCAUUUGUGAUAAAUUAGAAAAGACAAUUGAAGAAAGACAACCAUUUUUAUCUAUGGAUCCAACUAAUAUACUUUCAUAUGAAGAAUUAUCUUCAUAUAUUAUAGACGAAUAUAAUAAUUCUACCAAAUUAAAUAAUCCUUAUGUUCAAUCAAGUGGAGGUAAUAUAAAAUAUAUAUCAACUACAGUAUUAAAAGAAAGAUUAUCAAAAGAAUUAAAGUAUGAACCAUUUGUAACGAUUUUUGAUAAGAAUAAUGGUAAUUCUUCAAUAAAGGAACCUCGAUCAAUCCCUAAAUUAUUUGCAUUAUUUGGUAAACCAAUUUAUGAACAUUGGAAAUCAAGAAAAAUUGAAAGAAAGGGGAAAUCAAUUAAUCCUAUGUUAAAAUUUGAAGAUCCUAAUGCCAAUGAAAAAGAUAAUGAUAAUGAUCCAUAUGUUUGUUUCCGAAGACGUGAAUUUAGACAAGCACGUAAAACUAGAAGAGCUGAUACUUUAGGAGCUGAAAGAAUUCGACUUUUACAAAAAUCCUUAUAUAAAGCUAGAAGUUUGAUUUUAGGAGUUGCUCAACGUGAAAUUUUAAAAUUACAAAAUUUCGAAGUUGAAAAUUCAAUUUUCAAAUUACGUAGUGAAGGUAAGAAUUUGAAACGUAUUGUAGGAGUUAAAGGUGAUGAUUAUUUAUAUUAUCCACAUAAAAGAAAGAAGAUUAUUAAACCUAAGGAAGAAGAAGAAGAAAUCCGAGAAAAUGCUAAAAAGAAGUUGGAUAAUAAAAGGAGACUUGAUUCUCGUGAAUCUUCUAGUAGUGCUAUGCCAGGAACGGCAACCAUUGGAACUAAUGCCGUUAAUAAAGAUAAAAAUGGAAAUAUUCAACCUCAAGCAUCUCAUGCCAAUGAAACUGCACCAUCUUCAACUCAACCAUAUGUUAAAUUACCUCCUUCUAAGAUUCCAGAUAUGGAACUUGUAACUGUAUCUUUAGUAUUAAAAGAAAAGAAUGAAACUAUUAAACGGGCAGUCUUGGAUAAAUUAAGAAAGAGGAAAGAACAAGAUAAAGGUUAUGUUAACUUUACUGAUGAUCCUCAUGAACCAUCAUUUAAUAUAUCUACUAAUGAUAAUGUUAAAGAAUCUAAACAUAUUCCAUAUUCAUCAAUUGCCGCAGCCAAUUUACAUCAAAUUAAUACUUCGAAUUAUAUUAGUGAGAAUUUAAAGAAAUUACUUGAAGAAAGUAAAAAACCAUUACCAGGAGUUAAAACGUUCCGAGGUUCGAAUGGAGAAUUAAUUCCUUCAAAGGCUUUCCCUCAUAUUCUGUCUUUACUUCAAGAUAAAAUUAAUAAUAGUAAAUUCAAUAAUAUGAGUUAUAUAGCUCAAUUAUUGAAUAAUAUUGAUUCUAAUAAUUUUAGUGCUUAUAAUAGUGGUUAUGCUCAUCAAUUUAAGAAAUCUAAUCCUCAUGAAUUUGAUGAAGAAGCUAAUUUAUCAGAACCAAUUUUUAGAAUUAGAAAAAGACUCAAUCGAGUGGGGCAAAUGUUUGUAGAUAGAAGAGGAUUAAUUCAACGUCCAGAUGAUGAAAUUGAUUCAUUUUUAAACUUUGAUGAUACAGAAGAUAACGAUAAAGAUGAAGAUAAAGAUGUAGAAAUGAAAGAUUCAGAAGAAUCUGAAUCUCCUACAAAUUCAUCAUCAAUAUUGAAUGUUUAUGAUAGUAAAAUUGAUACAAUUAAGAGAUUAGAUUCUAAUUGGAAAUUUGAUAAUGAUUUAUCUGAAGGUCAACGAGGAAUUCUUGAUCCAUUUAGUAUGGAUCCUUCUAAACUUAAUUCUAUUAGUGAUGAUACACAAUCAAUUAGAUUUGGAUCGAUGUUAUUAUCGAAAUCUUAUGGAUUAUUAAGAGAAGCCGUUCAACAACGACAACAAGCAUAUAUUCAACAAGCAAAGAUGAGAGCAUUACAACAACAACAAUUGGCUAAUCGUCUUCAACAACAACAAUUACAGCAACAACAACAGCAACAGCAACAACAGAUUCAACAAUUACAGCAACAGCAACAACAACAAUCAUCUUCACCACAAGCAGUUCUGGUAUCACAAACGCCAAGAUCCAAUGGAGAUUUUGUUAAUUCACAAAGAUCACUGAUGGCUGGAUCACCUAAAGUGCAACAUAAGGCAGCCAAUUCACCACCACAGAAACUGCAAUGAUAAAUUUGUAUAUUAGCAUGGGACACUCUUGAUGAGUUCUCUACUCAUAAAUGUAUUAUAGUAAUAAACAAUAAUAAUAAGAAUAGAUGAUAUUGUAGAAAGUGUAGAUAAGACAG